UAAAUGCAUGUAUGACACUUCCGGGAACAUUAUAAGAAUGCAAUUUAUUACAACGUAGACUUUAUGACUUAAAUACAAUCCCAUGAUGCAUUAGUGAUAUCAACAUGGCGGACACGAUUGAAAUUACAGUUGAGACGACCUGGUUUAAAAUUUCAAAAAUGACCAAUGCAUAAUUGAAGCGGGACAACAAGAUAUUCAUAAAGCAAUAUUAGAUUUAACCUUUAGAAUUUUUUCUAUUACUUGAUAUUGUUUCGCUUUUUUAUAGAAAAAUGUACAAUUAUUUUCAUAAAACUAGAAAUUUAAACGAUGCAACAAGUGAAAAUAAUCAUUUCAAAUUCAUUGCAAGUUUGGUUAUGUUAGUAUUUUGAAGUUAAGAUAUAAUGAUUUAGAUCCGUUAAGGCGGAAGAAUUUACGUAAGACAUUGAAUGUGUCUUGAAAAUUAACAUGUGUCCUUAUAGUUUUUGUAUACUUUCUUUUUGUAUAACACGUAAUAGUAUUAUAUUCUUAUAAUCAAAGAUGAAUCGGCUGAAACAUUACUAUCUAUUAAAAAUGGAGGGUAUCCCACAGUUGAUGAAAUUAAAACCGAGGUAGUAGAUGAUGAUACAAUGGACCUGGAUGAUCAGCAAAUUUCAAAUCAUUCAAUGGAUUCACAUAUGGAUACAGAAGAAUCUGAGCCAAUACCUGAGCUUGGACCUGCAGCUUUAGGUCUUCAACGAGUAGGCACUCAACCUCCACCUAAACCAAAUCCGCCUACUCAACCAGUUCAAGUUUUAAAUCGUAGAGGAAUGCCAGCUAGAAUUAGAAAAAAAAAUAAAUUAUUUUAUGAUGAUAUUUUAGUCAAUCAUCCACAUCAUAGGAUCAAGAAGGAUCCUUCUAGUACAGAUGUUAAGCAAUCUCCUAAAAAAAUAGCUCGUCCAUCACCAGCAAAAAAACAAAAUAGAAUAACUAAUGAACCAAAGAAAACUAAUAGCAAUAUUUCACAUCUUCCUAAUGUAAUGGCAGCGGUAAAACAAGAGAAAGAACCUGACAAAUCUAUGCAACCUCCUUCACCUGACAGAAAGAUAGGACAAAAGAUUGGAAUGAGAUUAAGAAAUUUAUUAAAAUUACCCAAAGCACAUAAAUGGGUUUGUUAUGAAUGGUUUUAUAGUAAUAUUGAUAAAACUUUAUUUGAAGGAGAUAAUGAUUUCAUGAUAUGUCUAAAAGAAUCAUUUCCGCAAUUGAAAACACGUAAAUUAACUCGUGUUGAAUGGUGCAAAAUCAGAAGAAUGAUGGGCAAACCACGUAGAUGUUCACAAUCAUUCUUUGAAGAAGAAAGAAGAGAGCUAGAAAGAAAACGUCAAAAAAUAAGAAUGCUACAGCAAAGAAAAACUGCAGAUAUAAACAGUUUCAAAGAUUUACCGCCAGAAAUACCAUUGCAAUUAGUUAUAGGUACAAAGGUUACUGCAAGGUUACGGAAACCACAAGAUGGAUUGUUUACUGGUAGUAUAGAUGCAGUGGAUACAAGUAAUAAUACUUACAGAAUUACAUUUGAGAGAGCUGGUCUUGGAACUCAUAGUGUCCCUGAUUAUGAAGUAUUGUCAAAUGAACCACCAGAGACUAUCAGUGUUGCUUCAUUUGCUCAAAAAUUUAGACCAAGACAUGUACAAUAUGUACCUUCACCACCUUAUGCAAUGAAAUUAUUAUCUCCACGUUUAAACAACGAUCCAUUAAUCUCUAAUGCAUCUGUAUCAGUACCAAAGAAAUCUCACAUUGGUGGUACUAUGAAUGGCUAUCCAGUAAAAUUGCUUGAGUUCAUGGUAAAAGUAAAUAAAAUAUUAGCAGCUAAAAAAUUGAAAAUUAAAAAAUUAAAAGAAAUGAAUAGUGAAGCGGAAAAACGACGAUCGUUCGGAGAACCCUUUCCACAAGACUUUGAAAGAAGAUAUGCAGGAAUUAUAGUCGAAUUGGAAAAAAUGAAUACAGCUUUACAAGAUUACUUAAAUGAUAUUCAAGAACUUUGUCAAGAAAUAGCUCCUGAACCUAGUGUUGCAGCAAUGCUAGCACCAUCUCAUCUUCGGGAAAAAUGUAAACAGGAAGCAGCGGAUAUGGUUGCUAGGAAUAAUAUGAUUCAUGAUAAAGAACCUGGAAAAAUGAAUCAAUUAGUAACAGACUUAACAGCUCUUAUGUUACAAGUAAAGAGUUUAUCUGAUUCUGAUAGAAAUGCUUAUGAAUUAAAAGUACUUCAAGGUACUAUGGAGCAAAUAAGGUCAAAGCUUAGUCCACAAAAUCAACAAGUCUUUCAAAAUUGCGUUGAAAUUCAUAUGCAACACAUUCAAUUAGGAUUAGGACAAGUAGGUGCUUUGACACCUUUUAUGGCUCAAAGAGCUUAACAUAUAUGAAAUCAUAUAGUUUAUUCAUUGAAUGCACAAUCCCAGAUGGAACAAGUGAUAUGCACAUUAUGUGCUCUAUAGUUCAUAAAAAACAUUUAUUUUAACACUGUUCAAUAUAGAAUAUAGUACUUUCGCUCAUUAAGAUUCUUUAUAAAAUAUAAAAUAUAUAUAUACACACACACACACACACACACACAAAAUUAAGCAUAAUGAAAUAUUUUCUGUAUAUACAAUUUCACAAAUAAUGUAUUCAUCAUUUAUUGUAGAUUUCAUUUUAUAAUACAACAAAUAUUUGAGAGUAAAUAUAAGCAGAUAAAUAUUGUUUAAACUGCAGAAUUGAAAUUAGAAUAAAUUUUUAAUAUACAUAG